CCCGGGCGCAGAGCUCCUCCAGGGCGAGUGUUCGCGCCCCCGACCGGGACUGCGCGACACUGCUCCUAACCUCUCCCGACCCAGAACCCCCAAAGUCCUGCUGCUCAUCCUUGUGGAGAUGGAAAAAGGGAGGCCCGAGCGCCCGGGCUGGCUGAGCCGGGGGAGGCGCGGAGCUGGGGGAGGAGCUGGGGGAGUUCACGCAGGGUAGCAGCGGGGGGCGGGGUGCGUGUGGCACGUGUGCGGGGUGGGUGCGCUGGGGGGGGGGACCCCGGGAGGCUGCUGCAGAGGCGCCUUUGUGAAUACACUUGCCGACUCCGAAGCCAGCGUGGCGGCUGCCCUGCCGGGCGCCACUAGGACCCCCGGCUCCUCUUCUCUGCCGGCCCGCAGCGCCCUCCCUCCCUGUCUCCGAGACCGGGCGUCCGCGCCAGCCUGCGGGCACCGAGCCUCAGGCCCCCGGGGCCCCGCGCAGGUGAAGGUUUGGAAGAUGUCCUGCACCCUGACCCUCCAGCCUGGCCGCUGGCCCUUGGGGAGAGACCCCUGACCCCCGCCUGAUGUGUGCCUCCCCCUGGCCCGCCUCUCCCUGGCCCGGCUCGUGUGGGCGCCACCUGGCAGGGCGGACAGUACUAUGCAUGUUAUGAACUGUGUCUCCUUGGUCAGCGACAAGGACAAUGGGCAGGUGGCCCCGGCCGCUGGCCUCAUGAUCGGAACCCCGCCGCCCCCCGCUCCACCACCGCCCCCGCCCCCGCCACCACCGCCGCCAUGCCCCUUCCCAGGGGAUGGCUUUACCCCUUCCCCGCCGCCACCUCCGCCGCCCCCCUUGCCCGGGGGACCCCCUGCUCCCCCUCCGCCUCCCGGACUGCCCCCCACUGCUCACCUGAAUGGCUUCGGCCACCUGGGGAAGAAGAGGCGCAUGCGCAGCUUCUUCUGGAAGACCAUCCCGGAGGAGCAGGUGCGUGGCAAGACCAACAUCUGGACGCUGGCGGCGCGCCAGCAGCAGCAGUACCAGAUCGACUCCAGGACGGUGGAAGAGCUCUUCGGGCAGCAGGACGACGGCAACAAGGGCGCCCCUUCUAGGCGCGGCGGGGCUCUGAACGCGUCCUUCAGGGAGGCCCGAGAGGAGAUUACGAUCCUGGAUGCAAAAAGGAGCAUGAACAUUGGGAUAUUCCUUAAGCAGUUUAAGAAGGCUUCCCAGUCCAUCGUAGAAGAUAUUCAUCAGGGAAAGAGUGAGCACUAUGGGUCUGAGACACUGCGGGAGAUUCUGAAGCUCUUGCCAGAGUCAGAGGAGAUAAAGAAGCUGAAAGCCUUUGGUGGCGAUGUGGCCAAGCUGUCCCUGGCGGACUCCUUUCUGCACCACUUAAUUCAGGUGCCAAACUACUCACUUCGGAUUGAAGCCAUGGUGCUGAAGAAGGAAUUUUUACCUUCUUGCUCUGCUCUUUACACUGACAUAACAAUGCUGAGAACGGCUAUAAAAGAGCUGAUGUCGUGCGAGGAGCUGCAUUCCAUAUUACACUUGGUGCUACAGGCGGGGAAUAUCAUGAACUCUGGAGGGUACGCUGGCAAUGCCGUGGGAUUUAAACUGUCUUCUUUGCUCAAAUUGGCAGACACCAAAGCAAACAAACCCGGGAUGAACCUCCUGCACUUUGUGGCUCAGGAAGCACACAAGAAAGAUGCUAUUCUCCUAAGCUUUUCUGAAAAACUGCACCACGUACAGGAAGCUGCCAGGUUGUCUCUGGAUAACACGGAGGCGGAGCUGCACUCCCUCUUUGCCAGGACGAGGUCUCUGCAGGGCAGUAUUCAGCAUGACGUCGAGCUCUGCCAGCAGAUGGAGGAGUUCCUGCAGUUCGCCGUGGAGAAGCUGGGGGAGCUGGAGCACUGGAGGCAGCAGCUCCGUGAAGAGGCCCACACGCUCAUAGACUUCUUCUGCGAGGACAAGGAGACCGUGAAGCUGGACGAAUGCCUGCAGAUCUUCAGGGACUUUUGUGUCAGGUUCAACAAGGCAGUGAAGGACAACCACGAGCGGCUGCUGCAGGAGCAGAGGCAACAGCAGCGACUAAAGGACCUGGAGCAGAAGCGACGCUCCUGGGCGGUGGGCGAGCUGGGCUUCGGCCGCAGCAGCAGUGAGAACGAUGUGGAGCUGCUGGGCCAGAAGGGCCCCGAGGACCUGCCCCCCUUCCUGCAGCCACGGCCCGCCAGCCCCUCCUCCCGGCCCCCCAACACCCGCCGCUCACGGCUCUCCCUGGCCACCUCUGCCGACCGUGAGCUGCUGACCUUCCUGGAGGGCAGCUCCAGCCGCGCCUCCUCGGAGGAGCUCAAGUUCAACAGCUUGCCCCGCAGCGGCCCCCGUCAGGCCCGGCCCACAGUGGCCUGGAUGGAGCCCGAGACGCCCGGGGACCCCCACUUUGACCGAGCACACAGACCUCUGACUUCCCAGGCCCCAGAGGAAGUCCCCAAGCUCACCUCAUCCAGGAGGGAUCCAGGGGACCAGGUCCUGGCCCCUUGGCCUGGAGGGCUGGGCCAGGCCUCACCCCGGGCUGGCCGCGGGGGCACCAGCGUCCUCCGGAAGCGCAACAGUGAGCCUGUGGGCCUGGGUCCCCGCCGGUCCCCGCCACUGUCACCCUUGGCUGUGGGAAUCAAGGAGCAUGAGCUGGUGACUGGGCUGGCCCAGUUUGCCCUCCAGAACCCCAGAGGCCCCCAGGAGACAGCCCAGCUGGCCCCAAGUGACGGUAGCCCCAUGGAGCUGGAAUCCCCUGGGACUAGGAACCAAGAGUCCCUUGGUGUCACCCAUAGCAGCCCACCCCCUGGGGACAAAGGUGACCAGGGAGCACCCAGCCCAGCCCCAGAGGACCCUGAGGGCCCCCUAGAUGAGCCCAGCAGCAGCGUUCUGCUGUCGGGGUGCAGCAGUGACCCCGAGAACAAAGGCCCUAUGUUCUAUAUCUCGGACACUACAGACUGUUCACUGACCUUGGACUUCUCGGAGGGAACAGAUGGCAGACCUGAGACUGGGGAGGGCGGCGAGGGGGAUGGGUCACUGUCGUCAGGGAUAGGGGAUCCUGGGGGAAGCCAGGUGUCCUCCAACCCCACCUCCAGCCCAGCCGGGGAGCCCCCUGCCCCCACCUUGGGGAAAAGUGGACCAAGCUGCAAGGGUGGCCUUCCCAGGGACAGGCCCACCAAGGGCAAGGAUGCCAUGGCCACACCAAAGAGAAACUCCCUCAAAGAGACGACCCUCGGAGCCCCUAAGGCCGGGGGUGUCCGGCGGGGUCAGGCGGCCUCAGCCAAGCCAGUGCGGACCUUGACCUCCUGGGAGAGCCCCAGCAUGCGCAAGGUGGUGCCCAUCUCCAGGGGCAGCCGGGCCUCGGGAGGCUGGAGGCCACCGCCCAGGGAUGCCCCCAGCGGCUCAGACCCACCCUGGUCACGCCGUAGCUCAGUAAAGGGGACUUCAGACACGUCACCCCGCAGAGCCCCCGAGGAGCCCCGGCUGCCGCGGGCCAGUGGUUCCAUCAGCGCACGUCCGGGGAGGGAGCCGCCUGGCCCACAGUCCCGCAGUGCCCCCCGCAAGCCCAGCGCCAAGCCCCUCAGGAAUGUGCCCCGGCAGAAGCCCCCUGAGGAGAAUAAGAUCUGCUGUCCCCAGGACCCCGAGACCCCAGAGGACGAAGAGCCCAAGACCUCCCUACCACCACCCGUGCCCAGCGCCCCCCGGACCCCCACAACUGUCCCCAGCUUUGCCCGCAACACAGUGGCCUCCUCAUCACGGUUCCUGAAAGCCGAGCCCUCUCCCGUGUCCAGAGCCCCCGGCAUCACCAGGACAAUGUCACAGCGGCAGCUGAGGGUGAAGGGUGGCCCUGACGAGGCCCCCCCCAAAGACAGCGGUGCCCUUCGGCGGGCCAGCAGCGCUCGGGCCCCCAAAAAGGAGGGUGAGUCUACAGAGGGGUCCCGUACCCACACAGAGGCCACGUCAAGGGCCAAGGGGACUGUGGAGAGGGCCUCCAUGAGGCUCAAGGACGCCAACCGGACCACGCUAGGAAAAAUGCUCCCUCCCUCACGGAAGUGAUGGGGAGCCAGCCUUCUCUUUCUGGGAUUCAUGCCCAUCACUUGGUGGCUAUUUCUCACAGCACCUGCUAAGCUCAGGUCACGGAAGGUACAGGCUGGUGCUUUGGACUAUCACGUCCCCAGUGUGGACAAACAUCGACUCCUGGGCCGAUGGACUGGCCCCUUGGCUCACCUUCCUCCCCAGAGACUCUAGCAGCCUCCCCCCCAUCCUGUAGAACUUGAAGGAUGGGUACAUGCAUUUGUGGCCAGUUUUUAUACAUCAAGGAUUUUUUUUUUUUUUUCUGUGUAUGAAGAUUAAAUGGUAUUCCUGUUUGUUGGUCCCUUUUUGCAGAAUGAAGUGCAUCCCAGGGGGAGUGAAAAAAGAAAAAAGACCAAAAGUAUUUAUGUGGGAGAUACCUUAAAUGAAGGUAUUUUUGUCUUCCCUGGUCCAGGGGCCUACCUGCCCACACACCCACCUUCCAUAGUUGGCAAAUUGCCUUGGCAAGCACUGGAGGGUUCCGGACCUGGCAUGUCUGCCUCGCUCAGCCCUCUGAGUGGGCCUUUCGCUGAUGAUGUGCAUACAGGGAAACUGAGGCUGAGGGCAGGGUCGAAAGGUUCCUGUGCUUUCAGAGCUGUGGGGUGUGCUUGGGGGGGAGACUGCUGACUUCCCCUGCCUGAGGGGGAGCAGCCCCCAGGAGAAUGUCAGAUCUCUUAGCCUCUUGAGAGUACCAUAAUUUGAAGGGAGAGCAUCAGGAACCGAUGGCUUCCAUCCGGGGCCUUCCCCUCUUUGUAAAUGGAGUGAAGGCUGUUAGGACUCUGCUCCUUCAGUUACGGGAGCAGGAAGCCCCUCUGCUUCUGCCUGUCCCCAGUCCUUCUUUUCUCAUGUUACCUGGAAACUGGGUCUCGUCUCCCCUUCAUCUCUCAAUGAUGACAUUUUUAAAACUCAUCCAGUUUUUGGUGCCUCUUUUUUUUUUUUUUUGAAACAUCAAGAUUUUUUUUUUUUUUUUAAAGCAGAUCACUCAAACAUUCAAAGUGAUUUGUUUAUCCUCAGGAAAAAUUGAAAACAGGUCAGGCUUCAUUCAGCAGAAAGAGGAAACCAUACUCUUUCUUUUUUCUUUUUUUUAAGUUUAUUUAUUUGUUUUCUCAGAGAGAAGAGACCAGAGCACCGCUCAGCUCUAGUUGAGUGUCUGGUGUUGAGUCACCUCUAGGCCUGAAAAUGUACUUUUCGACUCAGUGCCUGUUUCAUGACUUCUGGAGACUGAUGUGAGAAGUGGAAGAAUUUGUGAAACUUUACAUUUUCUUUCUUUUUAAUGACCUCCCCCCCAUUUCUGGUCAUUUGCCAGUAGCACUGCAUUUUGGACCCACUAGCCACAGAGGGGUGCAGGCAGGACCGAAGCUUCUGUGACAAACCCUUGAGGUGGCUGUGACCACCGCCUUUCCAGAAAACCUUGCCUCCCACCCACAGUGGGGGAAAAAUAUGUCCAUCCACAUGGCAGCUAAAUCAAAAAGCUCUGGUUCCUCCUGACACCACCCCCACCCCCAAACUUGGCACCUCAUGGUGGAGGCCACACCUGCAGGGCUGCUCAGAAGAAAGCACUUCUGGGUACGUGGGGCUGAGAGACCAGAACAGCUGGGGAAUGCUGUCCUGAGUCCCAUGGACACCCCAUCUGUGUGAGCAGGUGAUGGUUCUAUUACCUUUUCUGGGUAGUAAGCUUGGAAGCAUAAUUUAAGUACCUAAUGGAGAAAUGUACAUAGGUUUCUAUUAUAAAUCUGUGUCAGAUGAACUGAAUGUAUUUAAAGGCCCAUUUAUAUGUUCUUGUACAUUACAUAUAGUAUAAUAAAGCUCCUGUUUGCGGGG